AUGAAGACUACCUGCAGUCACAACCGUCUCAGGCUUUGUAUACUGUGGUGUUUGUUUGUGCUGCACAUAUCCACGCGCGUGGACGCAAAUAUCGCUUCUCCGUCACAUUUUGGCGUUGCAUCAACAGAAGUUCGACGUCCAAAACAGAGGAACUCACGUCACGGACCACUAGCAGAAAGCCAAAGUGAAGCCGAAGCUAUGCGACUGAUGUUAAACUUAUACAGGAUAGCGGCGGAUCCAGAUGGAAGACCAAAGCAGCACAAGUUAUUUGGGUCCAACACUAUGAGGUUGCUGCAAGCGUCCGCUGCUGAAAAGCACUUUUUCGCAACAUCAAAUGGCCUCCAGUAUACCUACACUGUGAAAUAUGAACUGAAAAACCUCUCCUUGGACAAACUGCUUAGGGCUUCUUUUAUGCACCUGAGGUCUCCUGUGUCAUCCCAUCUUCCUUUGAUCUGUAAGGCUAGUGUCACCUCUCCAAAUCUUCCUGUGGGUGAGCAUGUCACUAUGAGUCCUCGAAGCAUAUGGACUGAAUCUGAUGUCACAAACCAUGUGUCCCGGUCAAAGGGUGGUCACAUCUCCCUCUUUGCUCAUUAUCAAUGCACAAAAUCUGACCAUGCCAGGUCAGUUGUAAGACCUUUUGCACAGAGAAAACAUUUCCCACCUCAAAACCAUCUCAGAGCUCCGGUUUUACUGCUCUUCUUGGAGGAGAACAAGGAAAGCAUGGAGUGGAUGAAGUAUUUCACACCCCUUUCCCCUCCUAGCACAAAGAUCCGCCGGUCUAGGGCGCUCGGUAGCAUCAUUUCUGACAUCCCCAAUUACAAGCAAGGGCCAAACAGCGUGGCCAAAAACCAGUGCAAGCUGCAUUCCUACAGUGUGGCCUUCAAAGACCUCGGAUGGGACCACUGGAUCAUUGCACCCCACAAGUACAAUCCUCGUUACUGUUUGGGAGACUGUCCGCAUAUUCUCCAUUAUGGCUACAAUUCGCCCAACCACGCAAUCAUGCAGACAUUCAUCAGCGAGCUUGGAGUUGCAGAUAUCCCAUUGCCUUCUUGUGUUCCAUACAAAUACAAGCCUAUCAGCGUGCUAAUGAUGGAGAGGAAUGGAAACAUAGUUUAUAAAGAAUAUGAAGACAUGAUUGCAGACUCUUGCACCUGCAGGUGA